AUGGCGUUAAGACAAAAAGUAGCGCAGCUACAUGGCCCAGUGGGAUCCCUCACAAGGGCAUCCCUGUUACCAUCCAGUCAAAAUGCUCGGUAUCACCAAUCCGUGCAAGCCGGCAUUCAUCAACAAACCAACAUCACAAGCGCCCGACGCGCCUCAACCAAGUCCUCGAGCAAACCAAGCGGGCCAGCCCUCACAGGAGCGCCCGAUAUCACAAACUACUACACAAUUUUCGCCAAAACGCUACCUGGCGGCCCUCCACCAGCCUCACCUUUCACCAUCCCCACUGCAGACCUCAAACGCGAAUUCCUACAACUCCAAAGCUUAGUCCACCCGGACAAGUAUCCCAACGGGACAGAAAAGCAGCACGCAGAAGGCCUGUCUGCCCGGAUCAAUGAAGCCUACCGUACCUUGAUUGACCCGCUUCAGCGCGCGCAGUACGUUCUUCGCGAAUGGCACGGAAUCGACGUGACGGCAGAGGAUGCGGCGACUAAGCAUGCGCUCGAUCCUGAGACAUUGAUGGAGGUUAUGGAAGUGCAGGAGACUAUUGAGGAGGUUGGAGCUACUGCUGAAGGGGAGGGACAAAUCAAUGCGUUGAAGAAGGAGAAUGAAAUUCGGGUGUUGGAGUGUGUGGAGGUGUUGGGCAAAGCAUUUGAGAGCGGUGACCUUGAGGCUGCAAGGAAGGAAUGUAUUCGACUUCGCUUCUGGUACAGCGUUGGCGAAGGAUUGCGGGAAUGGGAGCCUGGCAACACAGAGAUCAGAUUAAUGCACACGAGUUAA